AUGAUGGCGGUAGAUAACGACCAGGCCCCAAAUAUCAGGGCCGACGCGCUGAGCAUCGAGGAGGAACCAUACACUGACGAGUGGUUGUUUCGAUGGCUCACCGAAGCUCCCGGUGAAAACCAGGAUGGAAACGGUAUGCAGUACCAGUACCGAGGUUGCAGUAUAGCACCACCGCGCAUACAGAUUGAUAGAAUCCGGGAGAUGAUUCGGAACAAUACCAGAGAUCCCAUCUCAGACUGGAAAGCCAAGAUAUUCGAUUGCUUCAGAUACCUGGUCUCGCUGGAUGAAGACGCAAAUGUGAAUCACUCAUGGUACAACACGCUGCAAGACACACUUGACCAGAUCAAGCCGACUAUAUUGAUAAUGAAGUACGAAAAUGAGCUGAAGCAGGCUUAUUUGCACUCUCCUGCCGUCAUCUCCAGGACGAAUCGUUUUGAUCAUCUUCUGGAUCGGAAACGUCCCUUAUUGCGGCCGCCCACGCCAAAACGAGGGAGUAGUACUGAGCUGCCACAUGGUACUGUCAACAGAGAAGACGUGCUAAAGCUACCGAGGCUUCCCUCGAAUCUCGAGGAAGCAGAAAGGCAAUGGACGCUGAUGGCAAUCAACAAGAGGUACAUGGAGCAAGAAGAGAGGCGGGCCUUGUCGAAAAGGGAUCGCGCCAUCCAAGAAUAUAGGGAGUCCUUGACAGAAACCGACCAAGGCGAACCCGUCAUGCCACUCCCGAGAAAUUGGAACGGGCCCGUGGAGCUGAGCAUGAUGGACGAGGACAUGAAGCAGACCUGGGACACGCUGCGCGAGCAUCAGAAACUGGCGGAGCAGCUCGAAACAUCUUACGGGAAAUGGCAGCAACGGCCGCUUAUCACCCAAGUAAGCAACAUGAUUGAAGACGGACGGGAUGGAGUCUCUUGGACCAAGUUGGACUUGCAAUUCGGAGACCACGAAUUCUUGCUCGGCAACGACGGUGAGCCAGAACUCAGACUCAUUGCCGCGGAGGAGGCUUCCUGGCUGUGGUAUCUGAGCAGACCCCUCUACUGUGGUGAUCUGCCCCAAGCAAACGGCCAGUGCGACAGAAGAUUUGAUGUAUUCUGGAAGAGGAUCCGGAGCUGGCUUAGCAACUAUGCCACAUGCACGCGAACUUUUCACACAAACCAGGGUUUCUUGAGCAAGCAAGAGCUCAUCCAGCAGUUCAAUACGGACCUGAGAGGGCCCGUGGAGAAAUGGCGGCUCGGGCAAAUGCCCCCGGAAGUCUGGAAAGACGCUGACACGAGAAAGGUGCUCCAAGGCUCCCAAUAUCAUACUCACUAUGCCGUCAGAGCAUACUAUCCCGAGCGCACAAUCCGAUGGCCCAAUCCGCCGCAGGAAGUGGGCAACGACGGAGAGGUCGAUGGAUGGGAGGCUUACAAACGACUUCUGAGCCAAGCUGAGGACGGGAUCAUAACUGCCGAGGAGCUAGAUAUGCAGGUGGCUUUGGAUGCAGAAACUGGCACCUCGAUUGUCGCCGACCAAGAGAAGCAGACAGCAAGCUUCUUCCGCCGCCUCGCAUACAGACUUGGUUACACAAUACGGGUCCUGAACGAAGAGCACAGGCAAGACAUGGAGAUUCUCGAGAAUCAAGGGCGAGAAGAAGCAAGCCGCCAGUCCUUGAUCAGAGCCUUGGAUACCUGGAAGCGCACAAGGGCUCGAGAGACCGACACCUGCCAGGAAGGGAGCCGGAAAAGGCGCUGCACUUCCUACAGAGACAUUGUGCGUGAGCAUGUGCCGGACCGAUUUCAGAAAGACUGGGAUGACGACCCUUCUCGUGACGUGGAAGCGGAAUGUGCAAAGAUAGUCGGUCAGGAGGUUUUGUGGGAGUUGCAGGAUAAACAAUCAUGCAGCCAAGAGCCGCGCAAUAAGAAACGCCGCAGGGAGGCGCUGUGGACUUUUGGACACUCGUCGAUGAAGCCCAGGGCGAAGAAGUUCUGGGACAUUGAUAGGUGGAAUGCGCAUCGACAUAUGCGGGAGCCGAGGAACGCCGCCGAGCAGAACAACGCCGCCGAGCAGCGGAACGUUGCUGAGCAUGCGGACUUCGACGAGGUGGAAACUUCGUUCUACGGGCCCCAUUACGGGGCAGAGCAAGAGCGGGCUCUUGAUGAUCGAUUCUACACUGAUAGUGCUAGCCGGUCUCUUUUAGUUCCGGAUGCCGAUACGUGGCAGAAUGCUGCAGAUUUCAGACCAGAAAUAUUUGAGGCGGAAGAGAACGAGCAGCAGCCCCAAGGAGACCGGGAGGACGAUCCGCCAGCUGAGAGAAGUAGUUGGUUCGAGACCGUCAUGGGCCUUCAGGAUACAGAGAGCGGCCAUUCCCAGCAAAGAGAGCAGACCCAGCAAAGUGAGACGGGAACAGAACAGAGUGAUCGCUCUGACAAGGAGAACGUAGGCCAACGGACCUUGCUUCCGAGUCCUGAUAGUAGCCCGACUCAAGGGGGGGCUGUAGGAGGCCCCUUGCAAGACGUGACACAGAUUCAUGAACCCGGAGCUGAGAGUGAGCCUAGCCUGUAUGGAAGAUCCCAGGAUGAGAAUGAUGGCCCCGGAGUCCGAGAUCAACACAGCUCGUUCAAAAUAUUUGAGGACGGAUCGAGUGAAUAG